AGGUUAUUCACCUUUAUUGCACAUUUUCUUGGAAAAUAAUCUAUGCCUUCUCUGACUGCCAUUGAAGUUAAAGUGUGUCGAAAUUAUUUGAAAUGUGACCUGAACCAUUUGACUCUGCUCCCAAGCAGAUUUUUCGCUUAGUCUACUCCUCCAAUCAUCUAUAGCCUAAUAUGUACGUUGUGUGUGAUUUUUAGAUGAAAAAAUAUCGACCUUGUGAAAAUUUUUUAUUAGUGCAAGCCUUGAAGAGAAUGCGUGUUCUUCGAAAAAAGUGUUAUUCUUAAGUCGCCGUGGCUUGAUGUUGUUGUGUAUCAAGUUGCCUUUGUGAACGUAAUCCUGCCAGUGUUUCAUAUGAACGUGAUCAUUAACUGCCUUCAUCAUCGCUGCCAUCCAAUCAGUACAUUGUUAAAUCGUAAGCCUCUUUAUCAGGUAAAUACGAUAAUAUUUAAGAUAAUGAGCCAUUCUCUGUACGGUGUUUAACAAAUUGGAUUGAAAAAUCGAGAGAUUCAUUUCAAAGUUGUCAAGAUUUAUUCCUGCUCUCGUUAAUCUUACAUGUAGCGAAACUUCAUUUGAGAUCGUGAAUCUUUGGUUACAGUGCGCCGACCUAUCGUUUGUCCGGCUAUUUGAGCUGAUUGCUCUGUGUGUAAAAGCCAUCUCUCUCUUCACCUCUCUAAUGUCUUAAUAGAGACCGCUUAGGCAUCAUUGCAUCUGACCGGGAGGGCAAUCAGUAUAAUCGCUGUGGUCGUGGGAUCUCGUUUGUUCUAUAGCACUCAGAGAAGCGUCCCUGUCGGCUCAACUGGCAAUCCUUAUCGUUGACGCUCAUGGAAUCGAGUAUAGUUGCUGAUGCCUUGUACUGCAUCAUCAUCUUAGUCACCAUCAUCAUCAUUGUCAACUUUCUCAACGGCUUCGAUUUUAUGUAACUUUUUUUAAUUGAUCGUGUCAUACCUAUCAUUGAGAACUCAUGUGACAUCCCCAGUGAAUCACGGUGUCGAAACGGACGAUGUACGUAGCAUCUUCACCUGAUCAUCGGACUUGUCGCAUAUUCAACAUUGAGUUAAUAUAGUAUAUUAUUCUAUAAUAAAUUAAUAUGGGUGAGAACCACACGUUCGCCGCUCCACUCGCGUCAGUGGAAGAUUUGUCGCGGGUCAACACCCCAGGCGGGUCUCCAUCACCCAGGCCUAAAUUAAGGCAUCCAGCCCUCAGCGACCCAAAUUGGGAGCCACCGGAAGAACUCGAUGCCAACAGCUCCAGCAAGGGCCUCGAAUUGACGCCCCUGCAUCCUAAAACUCAGGAUGAGGUAGAGGAGAAAAUCAAGUAUGACGGACCACCUGAUAGAUUGGGUCUGGUGUUCCUGACGCUCACACUUCACGGGGUUGGCACGCUCAUGCUAUGGAAUAUGUUUAUCACAGCUUACCCUUAUUUCAUCGAAUACAAAUUGGACGGGACCGAGUACGCGAAAAAUUUCUUACCUUAUGUUGGUUACGCAUCACAGCUGCCCAACGUUAUCUUCAACUGGCUCAACAUCUUCGUCCAGUUAGGGGGGAACAUCACUACACGCAUCGUAGGCGGCAUACUGGUAGAGGUGGCCCUAGUCAUCGUCACGGUCGUGCUGGCCAUGGUCGACUCCAGUGGCUGGGACGGCGAAUUCUUCUGGGUCACGAUGGUCUCCAUCGUCUUCAUCAACAUUGCCAACGCCAUCUACCAGAACACAGUUUACGGCAUGGCAGCGCGACUGCCUUUCAAAUACAUGGGUGCUGUCAUCCUGGGCUCCAACAUCAGCGGAACGUUCACUUCGGUCAUCAACAUCAUCACGCUGGAGAUGGCCCCCAACCUCCGUACGAGCGCCAUCUACUUCUUCAUCACAGCGCUGUUUGUGCUGCUCGCGUGCUUCGACACAUACUUCGCCCUGCCUCUUAACAGAUUUUACCGGUACCAUGAAGCUCAGUUCGAGAAGGCCCAGAAGACGAGCAAGAGAGCGGCAGGCAUGGGCAAGGUUCGGGUGCCUUAUUGGUACAUUUUCAAGAAAGCUUUCCCGCAACUCCUGAACGUUUUCAUGGUCUUCUUUGUGUCUCUUGCAGUCUUCCCUGCAGUGCUGGCUGACACUUGCCGGACUGAAGAAGACUUCUUCAUUCCCAAGAGAUUAUUCCAGGCGAUCACUUGCUUUUUGACGUUCAAUGCAAUGGCCAUGUUCGGGAACAUGUUGCCGGGACUCUUUAUGUGGAGACAAAUCCUAGGGGGACAAAUACAUAGAGACAAAUCUUAUCCAGCGUUCCUGCUGUGCCACUAUUACCCCGUGAGCAGUGAGCGCAUCAUGCCUGUGCUCAUAGACUCGGACUGGGCCUACUGGGCGCUCUCCGUUGUGCUCGGCCUCACGUCGGGGUACUACUCAUCGCUCGCCAUGAUGUAUUGUCCGCAUAAUUUCCAAAUGGUGUGCGCCUGGCUAGUCACCAACGUCACCUUCGAUGUCCCCGGCCUGGAACACACCAUUAGAAACUGUACAGUCUAGCUCCACCCUAGCGUAUCUUAGACACUUUGUAGAUUUUUGAGAUUGCCUGCCAGUUUGAUGGCCAUCAAAUCUUUGUUUCGCUCUGCUAAACUAUGUAGCAACCACCAAACAUGUCUUAGCCCAACCAUAAGCAAGCCUCAGGUAAUCUUGUUAGGCAGCUAGGUACGGCAGAUCAAAAACCUUUACGUGCUCGUAGCCAGGUUAAUGGUGUUAACAUCUGCCGAUGAAAACCUUUACCUCUUGUCUGGGUUUAACCAUCAUGUAUUGUUACCGUAGCCACGCAUGAGAAACGCUAACAAACGCUGUUGCCUCAUGUCAGGGUUAACUCACGAUAAAAUGUUGUCGUUGCUUUACGAGAGAAAACGCAAAGAACCUCAAACUCCAAACUUUGCUUUGCUGUUUCGUUGUGAUGAAGCUCCAUGUCGAGGACCUCAAUCAUCAAUCGGGUGUUGCAAAUCGUUUGUUCACCCCCUAGUUAUAGUGAAAUCGUCAGCCGUAAGGAGAAGAUUGAGUGAUUUGAGGAUAUUAUUCGUUUCUUAAACAAUUAGACCAUAUCGAUUUUUUAUACCACUUCUAAACUUAAUAGGGUACAUUUAUUAUCCUGUCUCCUACGAUUAUAAUCAGGCUAAGAAAGUUGUUCAGGAUGAAGGUAGUUAAGAAUGUUGCUUUUUUAAUGUAGAUCUUUUUCAUUUGGUUGUAUCUCUGAAGGUAAAGAGAUCAACCACCUUUUUAAGGUAAUUCAUGCCAUUGAAAUUUUUCCUCAGUCCUGAUUAAAAAUGGACGUAAUGGUUGCAUUCAAGAGAAGUUCGUAUUGAGUCGUUGUCGCACUUCGAUAUUCUUAUAAAGAAGAUAACUUCAGUUGUGCCUUUUUUAACAAUUGUUGCGCUAGUCAUUUGUGCUGAUGUCAUGAGGCAGAUUUAUCUGUAAGUUCAUUACUAAGCACCGCCAAUCGCACAUAAAGCCGCUUCUGAUUCCAAUGUUUUUGUGUUUGAUGUUGAAGUUAUCAGUUAGUAUAAAUUUCGAAUCUAUCCAUUGAUGUCUGUGAAAUGCCGUUGAAUUUUCACGAAUUAUUCCGAAUCCCGACAUUACUUUUUCCUGAUUGAAUAAUUAGCACGUCUAAACUUUUUAGUUAAACUGAAGAUAUUAUCACACCCGAUAAGAUAUCUACCUAACGCUGGAACAGGAUUACGUUUAGAAAUCGUGUUUAGGUUCGAGGACUGUAAAUUCGUUGGUUCAUUCCAAGUAAACCUGGCAUUUGAUGAGCGUUCAAACCUCUAGCUCGUUUCUCCUUGUUGUUUAGAUGAAAUUGUUAGGGUUUUAAUAGUUCGCUGAUAUUAACGGAAGUUGCUUCUGAAUUUCUUGUAAAAUUCGUUUCGUAAGUCAAAGGAUAUGUUGAGAAUGGCGAUAAUUUGUUUGUUAUUUCUAAGUCAAACGGGAUGGUGGGCACUGGUACUUGGGCUUCUUUUGUUUAGCACAUCCAGUCUUCAUCGUGGCUAUGAUAUUUCCCUAAUUUUAGAAUACGCGUGUCAUUUGAAAUAAAUUUGUGCCUACGGAAUUUUUUAAAACAAAAUAUUGCACGAAAACCAGAAUUUUUGGAAGACUGAAAUGCUUAAAUUUAUCACCGAUACAACUUAAUAUUGACAAACACGAAUCAAAUACUCAUUGGAUUGUAAAUGAAAAUUGUCUAACUUACAGUCGAGUUUACUAAAUGAUUCUGUCAGAAAUAUUCCAGUUAACCGAUAAUUUUGUUGUGCAGGAAUGACCGAUCGCACUCCCAGAAAUGGUCCAAAUUCAACCUGUAAAUUUUUUUCCUAGUUUAUCAAUUCUAUAUUUUCCAAGUUAUCUAUUCGGUGUAUUUAUGUUAAUGAUCAAUGUGAAAAUUGUUUCGAUGCUGAAGAAUUUUAUGCAUUGAAAAUGUCCGUAAAGGAAUGGGGAUAUCAAUACCUGUUGAAUAAUUUAUUUAAUCCCUGGAUUAAUAUUUCUGCGAAAUUUACAUCAUGAGAAUUUUUUUGUUUCCACUCCAUUUGUUUCAUUCCAUGUACUUUCUAAAAUUGUUAGAAAUUAUUUCUUAGUAGCGAAAACUUGAUUGGAAUAGCAAUAACACUCUUCUGAAAUAACUUAGCCCGCCAAAUAUUUUAGAACGUUGUUCCUGUUAAUUACAAGCAUUUUAUAUACAUAUGAUUGAAUUUCCAAUCGGCUGAGAAAGGAUAAAGUUCCUGGAAAAGCGUUUCAUGUUGGAUUAUUGAUUGCAAGAUUUAGUUUGCGACGCGUGACCGUACCUAUAUUCAUCAUGAGUGUCUUUUCGAGUCAGCUUCCAGUGGGUAGAAUUAAAUGACUGUAGAGGUAGAGGUAGACCAAUAGCGGUUAUAAGAGACGCCCUUCUAUACCACGCCCUUAAAUAUUUAAUUAUGUGUGCAGCUAUAUUUUUUUUAUCCCAAAAGUUAGUUCGAGAACUGCUGGUGAUGUAAGAAAAGUUUAUUUAUACCACUGGUGGCAAUUUCUGUGGUACGUAUUGCGGACCAUUUAAUGUGCUCUUUCGAGACAGGAAACAAGCAGACGGCCACUUCGAAAGAACUUUUGUCGUUGAAUCCUGGAUGAAAAUUUCACGAGUGUGGAAUUUUUGAGAACUGCCUGAAAUUCAAAUUUGUAUAAAUGCUGUUCAUCGUUUAAUUGCAUCUAAUAUUUGAUUUCAUGUAAUUGCUAGUGUGGUCUGGUGUUACGUAAUUGGUAAAAAUUUAAUUGUCCUCGCCAUUUCUGGAUUAUAAAAAACGUUGAUUGAUUAUUUUUAAUCUAGUAAGUCUAAAUGAACUAUAAUGACCGAAGGAACAUCUCACGGACAUUGAGCUACAGCGCCCCUGUAAAAUUAUCUAUCAUAAAGCUGCCAUCAUGGGAUCAUGACAAUAUGUCUAUGAAUUUUAAACGAAGCAAAUCAUCACGAAGAUAGCAUGUUGAUGUUAGUAUGGAACCGCCAUGUUGCAGCAAACUUGCAGGUGGUGUUGUUCCUGAUGCCGACCAGUCGACGGCGAAACAGUACAAGAAACUCUGCCUCUCACUACCACUUCGUGUGUAUAGCUUACUUUAAUUCUUGUCGCUUCUGACAUCUAUAAGUUUUGUAGCAUCUUCUUUUCGAUGUUGAAGUUAAACUGCCAUCUAUUGUACUAAUGUCUACAAGUUUGAAAGGGUUUUAAUGAAAUUGUCCACAAGAGUUGAAGAGGCUAAGUUUAAAGGAAGGUAAUAAGCAGUACGUUUUCGUCAGUUUAUAAUAAUAUUGGGAUCAAUUGUAAAGCAGCGUUGUUUAACAGUCGGAGAAGCCGUGAACGAAGCUUCGUAGCACUUUUUUUGAGUUGGCGCUUCUUCUUUAUUUAUACUAAAAAAUUGAUAGAAUCGUUUACUCGGUAAUUUGUAUAAACUAGAUGUAAAUCGGCUUUGGUAUCUUUAGUUGUGCGACUUAUUAAUUUUGUACUUUAUAUUGAGUGUUAUAGAUUCGCGUUUUCUUCCAUUCUUCGUGUUCAUAUAGCCUGAAUUUUACAUUUGCCCUUCCACUCAUCCUUAGGUGGUCGCUCGUCUUUCUCUGCUGUCCGAGAAUUCGAUCAGAAAAGUUGAAAUUGCGACGCCCAAAUUUGUGGUAGUGCUACAUUUUGUCGGUAACGGAAUAUUUCUAUUAAAUGUAUUUUGUUUCAUUUGAGUUACGAAUUGCCGAUCAGAUAUUCAGAUCGGCAAAAUAAAUCUAACAUUUUUGUUACACGAAUGGAUUUCAUUAUACUAUUGGGACCGAAAUUCUUUCCUGGAUUUACUAUUGCAUGUUAUCCUGGUCUUACCGCUUUUGUAAUGGAUUGUAGUUUUUGGGGGCUCAAAAUUUCAGAGCUAUGAUUUCUUUAAAGAUAAAAGUUAUGAGCGAUUAUGUCGAUGGUAUGCAAUUUGCGUAGUCGGAUUAUUCUCAACUUUUAGAACAUCUUUCCUUGGUGUCCUGAUGAAUUUUUUGUAGAUUCAGGUUCUGUCUCGUUAUUGGAAGGAAUUUGACUUUGAUUGUAGAGUAAUUAACAUUAAUAAAAGAGCUAUUGCGGGUUAACGUAAAGUUUUAUUCUCGAUUUUUCAACCUGCAUGUUUCUCGUCAUUGUUUUUCGAAAAGUGCUGGUGAAGUUUCUUUUCAUUCUGCAGCUCGAAUUUUUUUGUUUCUUUUCAUUCUGCAGCUCGAAUUGUUACACAUUUUCGUUUUUUCCAUUUUCAACAACACCUUGGAUGUUCUUCGUUCUAUGAAAUACUUCAGAAACUUUUUGUCAUUUAGCAGCUCCCGAAUUUUUACUUGUUUUCCGUGUUGCUUCAGUCUGUAUCAUCGAUGGGCUUCUGCUUCGUGCUUCGAGUGAUCUACCCUAUAUAUAACUUCCCCGUCUAAUAUUCUGUACAUAAAUUUUUAAUGUGUAUAGGAGUAAACAUAGGAUAAUUGCAUUUAUUUUCUGCUUGUUAUGUAAUUUAAUUUUUUACGUUUCCCAACUUCUCGGUCAAUUUUAGAAGUUUUUGAUGAAAACAUCGGAAUUAAUUAUGCCAGUAUGCUAAUGUGAGAUGAAUUUUCUGGCCUGCUAAUUACUUGAUUUAAACGGUAACCAUAAAAAAUUAUUGUUUAAUUUAGUGCAAUUGUUUUAUGCCCAAAGAACCAACAAUGUGGAAUGUUGUUCAGUAUUCAUUUAACGAAACUAAAAAAGAAUCUGAAUUGUUCUUGAGUUAUUGUCUUUUUCUGUAUAAGAGAAUCGUGGUGAUUAGAGAAAUGUCGACAAAAAUGUUUAAGUGGAUUCUUGGCCAUGAA